AUGACUUCCAAGCGGUGGUACCCCACAGCCCAGCUCUUACCCGAUGGGCGCAUCUUCAUUAUUGGUGGCGCUAAUGUGUUGGGCAACGUGGCCAUCAAUUCGGUUCAAAACAACAACCCCACCUUCGAGUUCUGGCCAAGAAAAGUCGGAGAAGGCAACUACAAGCUUCGCUUUCUGGAGGAAACUCUUCCCUACAACCUCUACCCGUUCGUGCACCUGCUGCCUUCGGGGCAUCUGUUCAUAUUCGCGGGGCAACGAGCAAUUCUGCUCAACUACACCACCAAUACGGUUUACCGCACCCUUCCUCCCCUGGACGUAUCCCGGUUCGGCCAGGCCAACACCAACAUAUUCCGCUCCUACCCUGUCACUGGCUCCUCUGCCAUGCUUCAGCUCUCCUCAGCUGACGGCUACAAACCCAGGAUCCUCAUCUGUGGGGGCAGCAGCAGCAAGGCAGACCUCACCAACAGGGACAACCGCACGGGGGCCUGUCUUGGGUGUGUUGCCCCUGCCACAGCCACGUGUGGGCUCAUUGCGCCCAUGGACCCCACCCCCAAGUGGACCUACGAGAUCAUGCCCGUUGCACGUGUCAUGCCAGAUGCCGUGCUCCUAUUGGAUGGCACGGUUCUGAUCUGCAACGGAGGCAGGAGGGGAUUCCAGGGGCUGAAGCAGACAUACGCUGGAGGGGACGUGAGGACUCCUGUCAUCUACACCCCUACCAGCCCACCUGGCAAACGCUUCUGGCAAGUCCCAGAGUCGAGUCGCUACGCUCGCAUGUACCACUCCUCUGCUCUGCUGCUGUGGGACGGUUCGGUGUUAAUUUCUGGGUCUAAUCCCAAUGAUCGCCUCACUACCAGGGGAACUUACCCUACUCAAUUCGCCGUUGACCGGUUUGCCCCACCGUAUCUGCAGUGGGGGGUUCCGAGAAACGUGCUCUGGAAGGUACCUGCAACCAUUACCUUGAAUACUCUCUUCUCGGUCCGCCUCAAUACAACUGUAGCCACUCCCCCGUCUCUACCCCGCCUUAUCAAUCGCUUCCGAGCCGUUCUUGUUCAUCCGGGGUUUUCAACACACAGCCAACGCAUGGGUAUGCGCAACGUGCUGCUCGAUAUAUCCGCAGAGAUCGCUGUUCUUCCUGCAGCAGCAGCUAUGGCUUCUCUAGGCGCAUGCGGGUUCCGAUUCGCGCGGCGGGUCGUGGUUUUCUCGCUGGUUCUGGCGUCGCUCGCGUGUAUCGGUCAAGCGAGCGAAGACCUGAUCAUCGUCAGGGUGGAUCGUAAGAUCGACCUUCAGACUCAUCUUGUCCGCAACUCCGCAACCCUCAAGGUGGAGAACGCGGGGUCAACGCCUGCUUCAUCGGUCACCCUCGCCCUGCUCGUCCCGCCGCCCGGCCGCCUCGCCUUCGCCACAGCUGUUCUCCUGCAGGGCAAGGCCAAGAGCCGCACCUUCCAGGAACUUUCCCUCACGCCCACCACUCCGGACUCCCCGGUCGAAAACGCGAUCUACUUUAAAGCGCAGCUGCCCACGCCGCUUGAACCCGGGAAAACCGCUCAGAUUGAAUGCUACUUUGUGAUAAUCAACGCUCUCACGCCUCACCCGGCUGAAAUCUCCCAGGCGGAUCCGCAGCUGGUUCUCUUCCAGGAUUCGCACUACUUCACCUCUCCAUACCCCGUCCGAUCGCAGACCACCGUUCUCCGCCUCCCUAGCCACCAGAUCGAGUCGUUCACGCCGCUGGAACCUUCCAAGAAGGCGGACUCGGAGAUUAAGUUGGGGCCGUAUGAGGGGGUGGAUGCCGGGGCGGUGUCGUCGCUUUUGGUUCAUUAUGAGAACAACCGGCCGUUCCCGCUGUUUGAGCGCGCGGAGCGGGAGUACGAGAUCUCGCACUGGGGGAAUGUGUAUGUGACGGAGGACUACCAUCUCGUGCACUCGGGCGCCAAGCACACGGGCAUGUUCUCCCGUCUGGACUACCAACACCGUCCCAUGGCCAUAGGCGUCUCGUCUCUGCGCGGACUCAUGGCAGUGUUGCCGGAGAGGGCGCACACGGUGUAUUACAGGGAUGAGAUCGGGAAUAUCUCCUCCUCGCACCUCCGAUACCCGCCCAGAAAGGCCGAGCUGGAGAUCGAGCCUCGGUAUCCGCUUCUGGGCGGGUGGUCCGUAACGUUCCGAGUGGGGUACAGCGUGCCUCUGGGCGAUCUUGUUUCCAUCAGCACUGACGGCACUCGCGUGCUCAACGACACCCUCGGCAGCCCCUUUGCUGACGUGCCCGUUAAGCACCUGACUGUUAAGGUGAGCAGCGGGGGGAGGGGGCGGGGAGGAGGGGCAGGCAGCAGGGGAGGGGCAGUAGGGGAGGGGCAGCAGGAGAGGGGCAGCAGGAGAGGGGCAGUAGGGGAGGGGCAGUAG